AGAAGUAAUUAUAUCGGAUAAAGAUAAAACAAUGAAAAUCAACGAAGGAAAUCCUGUGACAAUCACUGCCUUUCCAGAAUCGAUGACCACUUCCACCGGAAGUUUCGAUGGAGAUUUGCGGACAACUUCCCCUUUUUCAUCGACAUUCUCCAUCGAGGACUGCGUUUACAGAGGUGAAGGAAAUGCUAAUAUCGUUGUUGCACUACCACAGGAGCAUAAAGUAAUUCGAUUCCGGAAGUCGGUGCCGGACAAUGUUUCACCGGAUGAUGGCAAACAACGAGCCGAACGUGAAGUGGAAUUCGUUAGGUUUGUGGCUUCCUGCUUUUUGGGCCCAUACACGCAAAUCCCUGAGAUUCUUCGUUAUGAUGCGAAAGAUAUUACUAAACUUUCAGAAGCCAUUCGACCUCUUCGAUCAGAUAAACGUCGUAAUAAGGAAAUUAUGGAGACAUAUGCCACCAAAUUUCCAGAUUACACAUUCCUUCGAACAAAAUUCGAUACAAAUCUUUUUCGAACUAAUGAAACAUUUUGUGUAGAAAUUAAACCAAAACAAGGCUAUUUGCAAGAUAUUGAUCAAAAAUUCCAAAAGUGUCCUUAUUGUUUGACACAAUAUUAUAAGGUAAUAAAUUAUUAA